AUCUUGUGGUUAAUACUGGACCAGUUGUAAACGGUAACGGAAAUAUUACGGAUGUUGACGGGACGUCGCGGUUGCAGCUGGUUGAGAGAGACACUGCCACGAGCGUCGUUUUUCCAAAUUGGCCAAACCAGGGACUGCGCGGCGCGAUUGAGGUAUUUUCACCUGAAGGGGAUGAAGAUCAUGGAUGUUGUGAUAAAAGAGAAGUACUAUUAGUAUUACCCGAGGAAGAACAAGAUGCAGAGGUUGCAGCCCAUGUGGUCGUUGCGAAUACCGACGAGGAGCAACAUCACGAUUCUACUAGAACAAGACUCCCAUCGACGUACACAGUGGAGCUUCUCUUAGUUCUCACGGGUGUACAAGUGUUGGUUGUUUAUGGAGAGGAUGUAUGCUUGGAUGGAAUGAAAGCUUUCAGAGACCCCAGACCCGCGGCUAGCCUUCUCGUCGAAGCCUUGAGCACCAUGGAUGAUGAGGAUCCUGAGAGUCUGAAAAUUUUCGUAGACUUCCGACUAGUUCGGGUACGUGAUGAGGCACGGCGAGAUAGGGAUAGCGGGAGAACAAGCGGGGACAAGCGGCAGGAAAUGUUAAGGGAAAGUGAUGCUGAUGCAGUCGAUGACAAAAUCCACGAACGCCAGAGGGAAACGAGUCUCCAAAUUACUGAUGCACCCGUGGCAGAUGCAGUCGACUUGCCGGUAGAAGACAUCCAUUCAGGACCUCCUACUUUGUGCAAAGUGUUUGACCAAUUAGGAGCGCAGCGGAAGCUGCGCGACCCUGAUUUUGACGGAAACGUGUUAGAUCGCUACACGGCGAUCGUAUUGCUUGGUUACAGUGACGAGAAGUGGUUUGAUGAUGAUGGCAGUGAAGAUUUACCCAUGCCGACAGGACCAGGAGUGUCAACAUCUUGCUCUGAUUAUAGAGCAAAAGAGUUUAUACGAGACUACACAGCGCAAGGAGGUCUUUUGUUUCUCGAAGGGGACCUCUUCGGAGGCAGAAGCACACAUCAGGAAGAGGCAGCAGAGGAGCAAGAGCGUGUUUUUAAUGCCAGUUCUGGGAAGAUGCCUGAUAAGGAUGCAUCUUUUGAUUUUGUACCUCCUCUUCAUAACAGCGAAGAGUCAGGAAAUCAAAAUCGAGAUAGUGGCGCUUCUGAAGGGAGUCAUGGGAUCGAUAUCCAAGGUGAAGAAGAAAUGGGAGAACCUCCGAAGCAGAACGAAGCCGAACGUCAAGUGGGAAAAGGUCUCUCAUCUCCAAUGCUUCACACGUUUUUCAAAGAUCAUCUGCUGAGUUUGGAGGUGGAGCUUUGUGGGAAAGGAACUCGCGUCGCUCUACCUAUUAGGCCAGGGGUUGUGCAGAAUCGCUUUGGGAAUGAGCUCUAUGAACGCUUAUUUCGCACAUCGGUGCCAGGACAGAAAGAGUCCGAUUUAUC